CCUCCCCUGGGGUGUGAGGGUGUGGAGCCACAUGCCUUUCUAGAUCUACAGUCACGGAGACUCAAGGCCUCUAGGGCGUGCUCCAGUGUCCAUCAGCACGUGGGGCCUCAGGAGUACCCAGAAGGGGGCUCACAUGUACAGCUGGUCCAUCCACACAGGCACCCAGCAGCGCGCCCCCAGGCAAUGUCACCAGGAUCUGAUCCCAGAGGAACACAAACGCCCCAUCCAUCUCCAUGUGUUGAGAGUCAGACGGCCCUCCUCUCCCGGGGGCAGAGAGCUGGGGGGCUAGCUGCCUCUGUGUGUGUGCCCACCCCCAGCACAGGGCAUGUCCUUACCUGGGAAGCCACCUGCGGGCAGAGGGUGGAGGGGGUGCAGAGUGAGAGGUGAGCUGGUCUGCAGCCUGGGAGCUGCGAUCUGCCCCCUUCACCAGGCCCUGCCAAGCUGGGCGCAGUGGGGUCAGGGCCCCGGGUGGAGAGGCUGCCUGCCCCCUGCUGAGAUGCAGCGCAGCCGCCCUUGCCUGCCUGCCAGCUCUCAGGGCAAGGGGCAGGUUGAGGGACUGGCUCCUCCUGCGGCUCUCCCUUGCAGACGUCUGUCCAUCUGUCCAUCAAGAUGAGGCCCCUGGUCCUGUUCGCUGCGCUCCUCUGGCUCGGAGGCUUCUUGGCGCAGGUUAGGUGGGCACUGGAGGUGGGGGAGGUGAGGGGACGCCCUGCUCCCCAGGCCUCCAGGCCCCCUGCUGCUCCGUGGACCCACAGCUGGUCUGCUUCAGGCAGCGGUGCUCCCUCCCAGCCCAGACGAGGACAGAGUGGUCUGCCCCUAGCUGCCGGCCUCCGCAUCUUGGGUAUCCUGCGUGAUGCCCCGUGGCCGGGUCUGGGGUGCCAGAUGAGAGGACAGCCGUCUCUGAUCCUGGCUGGACCCAUAGUGUCUGCCCAUAGCCUCCCACCACCUCCUCCCCACAAGAAGACGAGUGUCCCUCCCUGGAAGGGGGUCCAGGCGGGAAGAGCAGAGGACCACCUCCAACCGUGAACGUGAGUGGCCAGGGGACGUCCGCCAGCCUCGCUCUGAGCUGGGCAGCCCCAGGGCCUGGCAGUCCCAGUCACAUACUCCGUCUAACCCAGCUGAGCCCCCUGGGCUUCCCCGAAGGGCAGCAGCUCCAGACCCACACCAGUGCGUCCAGCUUUGAGUUCCAGGACCUGGUGCCAGGAAGUCAGUACCAGCUGGAAGUGACGGCCCUGCACCCUUGCGGGCAGAACACCACCGUCGUCCUCACUGCCCACACAGGUGCCUGGCCAGCAGGCAGGGGAGGGGCUGCGGGCACUGAUGUGGACACCCUGGAGGGUCGGGGGACAGGGUGCCAAGGAGGGCGAAGUGCCCGAGGACCAUGCCUGGCACAGUGGCCUGUCCAGAGCACUAGCAGCAGGGGCGAUGCCCUGGCCCCGAACGUGGUGCCUCUGCUUCCGGGGCAGCCCCGUCCGCUGUCCAGGCCCUGCGGCUCCACAGCUCUGGGAGCCCGUUCAGCCUGGAGGCCUCGUGGGGCACUGCCCCCGGUGGGCAGGAUGGCUACCAGCUUCUCCUCUACCACCUGGAAUCCCAGGCAGUGGCUCAUAACAUCUCCGUGGCCCCGGGGACCCUGUCCUACAAUUUCAGCGACCUCUUACCAAGCAGCGAGUACCUUUUGGAGGUUACCACCUGGGCCGCCAACCUCCAGGCAAAGACCAGCACCCACCAGUGGACAGGUUAGGCCAGCACUCGGCGAGGCCCCAGGUGGCAGCCAGUCUGGGAGGGGGCAGUGCAGGGCUGUGUGCCAGCGCAGCCGGGCCUCUGGGCUCUGGCUGCUGGGACACUGUUCUGGCCCUUCCUCCAAGCCCACGGCUCUCCCUCCAGCCCCCGAGGCUCCAGGUCAGCUGGCGCUGCGUGCCCUGGGCACCAGUGCCCUGCAGGCCUCCUGGAACAGCUCUCGGGGCGCCGCCUGGCUGCAUCUCGCCCUCACAGACCUCCUUGGUGGCCCCAACCUGAUGGCAGGGAUCAGACGGGGUGUCUCCAGUCACACCUUUGCUCACCUCUCUCCGGGAACCCCCUAUAAGCUGAUGCUCACAGCUGUUGCCGGGCCCCUUCAGACAGUGGGACCCAUCGCCACUGAGUGGACCUAUCCCUCAGCCCCCCUGGACCUGCUGCUCAUGCCCCUGCCCCCAGGGCUCUGUGCCAGCUGGGAGGUGGGGCCCGGGGCCCAGGAUGGCUACCUGCUCAGGCUGAGUGGGCCAGUGGAGAAGACCAUCACUCUGGGCCCCAGGGCCCUUAAUGCCACGUUCUCAGGACCCCUGCCAGCCGGACGCUACACUCUGGAGCUGAGGGUUCUGGCCGGGCCCCAUGACGCCUGGGCCCAGGCCAGUGCCUGGCUGGAGGGUGAGUCUGGGCUAGGGUGGAGGAGGGCGGGGCCCUGCACCAAGAGGCAGGUGAAUCCUCCCUCUCCAGGGACCAUGUCCUCUCCCAACUCUGCAGCCCAGCCUGGACAAGGUGACGGCCCUGAGCUGCCCCGGGACGGGCAGGAGACCAGCGGGGGGCCUGGGAGCCAGACCAUGCUCUACACCGAGGGAGCCCCAGGCCUUCUCAGAAACAUCUCCGUGCCACCCGGUGCCACCCCGGGCACCCUCCAUGGGCCUGGGGGCCACUACCAGGCGGACGUGGUCUCUUCUCUGGGGAACACCACCCAGAGCCUCCCAGGCCACACAGGAUCCCUGGAACCCCAGUCUCUGAAAGUCACUGGCAGGGGCAGCCCCUCUGAGCUGGCCAUUGGCUGGGUCCCAGCACCGGGGCAGCGGGAAGGCUACAGGGUCAGCUGGCACUUGGAAGGCAGCCAGAGGUCACCAGGUGGUCUCGUCGAUGUGGGCUCAGAUCACUCCAGCCUGACGCUGACGGGCCUAGUGCCCGGCUCCUGCUACACCGUGUCUGUGUGGACCUGGGUGGGGAACCUCAGCUCCAGCGUCCAGAGGGCCGGCGCCUGCACCCUCCCUGCACCUCCUGCCAACUUGAGCCUGGGUCUGGCUGCCCAGCCUCCUGUCCUGAGUGCUUCCUGGAGCCCCCCACCGGGGGGGGGCAGGGAUGGCUUCCUCCUGCGGCUUUACCGCCUGAGGCCCCCAGCCCUGGAGGGCCAGGACACUCUGGCCCCCGAGGCACAAAGCUUUUCCUGGGCCCGGCUGCCCCCAGGCACCGCCUUCCUGGUGUGGCUGGCUACCCUGCAGGGACUGGAUGAGAGCAGUGGCGCUAACGCCUCCGGCUGGACGCCCCCCCUCGCCCCUCCUGUGGUAAAUGUGACCAGUGAAGGCCCCACCCAGCUCCGGACAUCCUGGGUCCACGCUCCCGGGGGCCGGGAUGGCUACCAGGUGACCCUGUUCCAGGCAGGCACCCGGGUGGGCUCCAGCACUGUGGGGGCGCAGGUGGACAGCGCCAGCUUCUCAGCUCUCACUCCAGGCACUGAGUAUGAGGUGGCGGUCGUCGCGCAAGCUGGGCCUCUCUGCGGGGCGGCGGCCAACACCUCGGGCUGGACGUCCCCACUGGUGCCCGUUGAGCUGCUUGUGUCGAUGCAGGUGGGCAGUGCCGUGGUCAGCCUGGCCUGGGCCAGCGGCCCCCUGGGGCAUGGUGUGUGCCGCGCCCAGCUCUGCGAGGCUGGGCUCCUCUCCCGGGAGCAGCCCCUGGUGCUGGGCCAAGCCCACCUGGCCCUGAGGGACCUCACACCUGGACGCAACCUCUUCCUGUCGGUGCUGUGCCAGGCAGGGCCACUCCAGGCCUCCACCCACCAUGUGGUGCUGCCUGUGGAGCCAGACCCCGUGGAGGACGUGCAGUGCCGGCCCGAGGCCACCCGUCUGACCCUGACCUGGACAGUGCCCCCGGGGGCCGUGGACACCUGCCUGGUGGUGGCAGAGCAGCUGGCAGCCGGGAGCAGUGCCCAACCAGUCUUCCAGACCGACACCUCUGGGGAUGCCCUGCUGCUAUCUGGCCUGGAGCCCUCCACUCCCUACCGCCUCAGCCUCUCUGUGCGGGGCAGCAAUGGCCUGUGCAGCCGGGCUGUUACCCUGGUGUGCGCCACGUCUGCCCAGGCCUGGCGCCCCCCAGAGCUGGCCCCAGCGCCCCAGCUGGAGCCCGGUUUGGGGACGGGCGUGAUGAUCACACGGGGCAUGUUCGGCAAGGAUGACGGGCAGAUCCAGUGGUGUGGCAUCAUCACCACCACCAGCAUGUCGCUGACUCAGCCGCCCCGGGAGGCUGUCAACCACACGUGGUACGACCACUACUAUGGAGGACACGACUCCUACUUGGCCAUCCUGCUCGCCAACCCCUUCCACCCCGGGCCCUGGGCUGUGCCGACCUCCUGGAGGGUGCCUGUGGAGAUGGAGGACUGCAGCCGGACCCAGGACAUCUGUAACGGGCAGCUCGAGCCAGGUUCCCAGGAUCGGUUCAGUGUCGUGGCGUUCACCCAGUACAGCCCUCCCGAGACCCUCGUCUCCUUCUCCGCCUUCUCAGAGCCCCGGGCCAGUGUGUCCCAGGCGGCCAUGCCCCUUCCUGCAGUGGUGGGCACCGUGGCCGGCUGCGUCCUCUCCCUCUGUGGGGUGCUGGGCCUGCUGUACUGGAGGCGGGCGAAGGCGCAGAGGGCGGAGAAGAAGCUGAGUUCCCCGAAGCGGACUGCUUACAACCUGUGGCGGACCCACCGGCCCAUCCCUGCCCACAGCUUCCGGCAGAGCUAUGAGGCCAAGAGUGCCCAUGCCCACCAGGCUUGCUUCCAGGAGUUCGAGGAGCUGAAGGAGGUGGGCAAGGAGCUGCCCAGGCUGGAGGCCGAGCACCCAGCCAACGCUGCCAAGAACCGCUACCCACACGUGCUGCCCUAUGACCACUCCCGGGUCAGGCUGGCCCCUCUGGACGGAGAGCCCCACUCUGACUAUGUCAAUGCCAGCUUCAUCCCGGGCUACACCCACCGGCAGGAAUUCAUUGUCACCCAGGGGCCCCUCAAGAAGACCCUGGAGGACUUCUGGCGGCUGGUGUGGGAGCAGCAGGUCCACAUCAUCAUCAUGCUGACCGUGGGCAUGGAGAAUGGGCAGGUGCUAUGUGAGCACUACUGACCAGCCAACCCCACCUCCGUCACCCAUGGGCACAUCAUCGUCCACCUCCUGGCAGAGGAGCUGGAAGAGGAGUGGACCAAGUAGGAGUUUCAGCUGCAGCACGCUGCCCAGCAACCAGCACGGAGGGUGAAGCAGCUGCAGUUUACCACCUGGCCCGACCACGGCGUCCCCGAGACCCCCAGCUCCCUGCUGGCCUUCGUGGCUCUGGUCCAGGAGCAGGCCAGGGCCGCCCAGGGCACGGGGCCCCUCCUGGUGUACUGCAGCGCAGGCGUGGGCCGCUCCGGCACCUUCGUGGCCCUGUUGAGGCUCUUGCGGCAGCUGGAGGAGGAGCAGACGGUGGACGUGUUCCACGCAGCAUACACACUGCGGCUGCACCAGCCCCUCAUGAUCCAGACCCCGAGCCAGUACGUCUUCCUGCACAGCUGCCUCCUGAGCAAGGUCCUGGAAGGGCCCUCCAGCUCCUCUGGGUACGAGCCGCGCCAGGAGCCCUUGUUGGGCGGGGCCAGAGGCCUGGGGCCCACCCCUCUCACCAACAGGCCGCCGACUCCUGUCCACAGCAGGGCCGCGAAGACAGGAAGCUGGGGAGCCUCAGGUGGCACCCGUGCUGCCCGCGAGGCCCCCAGGCCCCAGCCCAUCCCCGUGGGGAACUUCGUGCAGGCGUGCACUCUCAGGGCGGCUGACACCAACGCUGGCUUCACUGGGGAGUACAAGCUCCUGCUCCAGGCCCUCAAGGACCAGGUCGGCUCUGCUACGACCCCUCCUGGCUGUGAGCAGGAGCACUCAGGGGACGUGCAGGGCGGGCCUUCUGGCCACGACCCCAUGGUGCUGACUGGCCCGAGAGGGCCUGAGGAGCUGUGGGAGCUGGUGUGGGAGCACGGGGCCCGCGUGCUGGUCUCCCUGUGCCCGCCGGACGUCCAGGAGAAGCGUGGGAGCAGGAAGGAGAGGCCGGUGCAGCGGCUGCAGCUUCCCCGUGGGGAGCCAGGGCAGGAACUCCCAGCUGCCACGCUGCUGCCCUUCCUGGCCGCCGUGGGCCAGUGCUUCUCCCGGGAAGCGGAGAAGCCAGGCACGCUGCUCAGCCACUCCAGGUGCUGCUGGACGGGGACUGGGGGAGUGGGCAGAACCCCUCACUGCCUCCCCGAGGGCCUCACAUCCCACUGAGCCCAGCUUAGAAGGACACAGCCCCCCUCCUCACUCAGCCUGACAUCAUUCAGGAAUCUGCCCCCAUCCUACUGGGGCCUGGGGUUGGUUGGCCGUGCCUAGCGUCUCUCCCUGGUCCCCAGGCCCAGGCUGGGUUCUCCCAUCUCCCUGGGUACCUGGCCCUCCUCCUUGCCCCCUAAGGUCCCCCCUCCAACUCAAAACCAAUUGCAGCAAGGGUGCGGCCCAGCUGGGCACCUUCCUGGCCAUGGACCAGCUGCUGCAGCAGGCAGGGGCUGAGUGCACCGUGGACGUCUUCACCGUGGCCUUGCAGCAGUCAGAGGCCUGUGGCCUCAUGAUCCCAAUUCUGAUGAGAGGCGAUCAGGGGCUCAGCCUUGGGAAGGGUUGAAGGGUAGGGAAGGUCCUGCUCCAGCUGCAGGGGGCCUCUGGGCAGCGCCAUAGGAGCAGCCACCAGGUGGCAUUGGCGACCACUGCUCUCAGGUGAAGGCACAGGGAGACUGUCCUGCUGUGCCCUCACUGUGUCCUCGCGGUGUCCUCGCGGUGUCUGCCCCCAGCAGCAGUACAUCUAUCUCUACAACUGUCUGAACAGCGCGCCCCUGGACGGGCUGCCCUGAGUCGGCACUGGUCACUGCUGUGCCCGCCGGGAGGGCAGGCUGCACGCUUGGCCCAAAGCUGGGAAGGGGCUGAGUCGGGGAAUAAAGGAUGUGGUCAA